AUGAAAGGCACAACAGCUGCUAACACAGCUUCAUCUUGUGCCGCAUGCAAGUACCUACGUAGGAGAUGCGAUCAAAGCUGUUUUCUAGCACAUUAUUUUCCAGCCUCAAAGAGCCAAGAUUAUCUCAGUUGUCACAGAGUUUUCGGCACCUACAACCUUGUUAAGAUGAUAAAAUCAGUCCAGGAACACGAGCGCCACGAAGCUGUGGCAACAUUAGUGUUGGAGGCCCGAAUGAGAGUGUCGAAUCCGGUGCAUGGCUGUUUGAUGAUGCAGAGAGUUUUGCAAGCCCAGAUUGAUGAGCAUUUGGAGGAACUAGAUGCUGUGAAGAAGAAAGUGUUUUUGUUUGAGAGUUUGCAUUCCCAGAUUGAGCUUUUAGAUGAUCAGUUGAUUAAUACUUCACUGGCGGUUGUGCCAGAGUGA